AUGGACCGCUCAACAAUAUUCCUAUUAUUUUUCGCUUGUACCAUCGUUAAUGCUGCUAGUCUUAAAAAUAAUUACGCUCAUUUUUUGUCCAUGGAUGAAGAAGAGAAUUAUUUAAUGUACUGGACAACCAAUGAUAUUGAACAAACGAUGGACUUUGCUAUAUCAGUCAAGACUAGUGGAUGGGUUGGCUUUGGAUUUUCACCGUAUACAGGUAGAAUGCCUGGAUCGGAUACAAUCAUCGGUUGGGUUGCUAAUGGAAAAGCUUAUCUACAGGAUCGAUUUGCCCCAUCGCACACCGUACCAGUUCUUGAUGCUCAACAAGAUUAUACUCUAAUAAGUGGUGAAGAAAACAACGGCAUGACUAUUUUAAAAUUUUCAAGAAAAUAUGAUACUGGCGAUAGUAAAGAUUUGUUGAUAGACACUGGAACUACUCGAUUAAUCUGGGCGUACAAUGACAAUGAUCCUGUCGACCCACAAACUUUUACGAAACAUACUAAACAGGGCAGUCGUAGUGUUAAUUUAUUCAACUCACUACCUGAAGCCGAUAAGCCACCUUUGCCCUCCGAUACACAAUAUUUCGAUCUUUUAAAUCCCGACGUUGCUAUUCCUAGUGGUGAUACAACCUAUUGGUGCACAGCUUUUAAGCUCCCUGAAGUAAAUGGUACCGCUCAUAUGAUUAAGAUUGACCCUAUCAUUCAGAAAGGGCACAGUGGAUUAGUUCAUCACAUCUUGGUAUACGAUUGUGUAUUUGAUGAAAAAUUUCACGGUUCAAGUCACGACUGUGAUUCCCGAAACAUGCCCCAAGGAUUACGUGGUUGCCGCGGUGCAACCGUUAUUGGUGCAUGGGCAGUUGGUGCUGAGGGAUUAUCCUACCCAGCCCAUGUCGGCCUACCACUUGGAGGCGAUAAAGGUGCACGAUAUGUUGUUAUGGAAACACAUUAUGACAAUCCUAAUCGAGAAGCCGGACUUCGCGAUUCUUCCGGUAUGAGAUUCUACUAUACGCAUCAACUGCGCCAAUAUGAUGCUGGCGUUUUUGAAAUUGGUCAAGCAACUAGCCCUUUUAUGGUCAUACCUGAAGGCCAAACUCAGUGGGAAGUUGCUGGCUACUGUUCUGAGAACUGCACAAGGCCUAAUUUACCCUCUACUGGUAUUAAAUUCUUCGGCGGCUUUUUACAUACUCAUUUAGCCGGCUAUUCUAUCGUGACUAAACAUUACCGUAAUGGAGUUGAACUUCCAGAAAUGCUUAGCAAUCGACAUUAUGAUUUCAACUAUCAAGAAACUAGUUUCUUGAAGAAAGAAGUAACCUUUUUGCCGGGCGAUCAAUUGACUUUAAUCUGUACUUAUAACACCGCAAAGAGACCCAAGGUCACAGUGGGUGGAAUCGCUACUCGUGACGAAAUGUGCUUGGCUUACUUACUGUAUUAUCCAAAAGUAGACUUAUCUGUUUGCUUUUCCUCGAAUAAUUAUAUUCAUUAUCUCAACUAUUUCCAGACUUUGAAAGAAGCUGGCUUAACGCCUCCUUAUAAUAAGUAUCCAUCGAAACCACCUUAUGCUUGGAACGUUAUUCGUAAUUCUACCAUUGGUAAAGGAAUCCAUCUAAAAAACCUUUACGAACUGGAUAAUUCAGUAAAGCCGCAACAAUAUUGUGCAGCUCGUAAUCAUGUCCUUCUUCAACCGAGUGGACAAAUGGACAUCCCUAAAUAUGUUAAAUAUCAUACCAAUCAACGCUUACAAAAUAGUUUUACCGAAACUACUACCGGUGCGGCUUCUAAAACCCAUUUUUCGGUUCUACUCAUGUGCAUACUUCCACUCUUUGCGUACUUGUUAGCAAGACAAUUCUAAGCGCACCAUGUAUUCUGGCAAUAUAUUAACGUGUUAAGGAAAUAGAGAUCUUAUCUGUUGUAGUAAUUACUAGAAUACAAUAUCCCAACCUUAACAUUUUUAAACAAUAAUUUCUAACGAAAGCGUUUCGCCCAGAUGAUUGCUUCUUGUCAUGGGUAUAUUACUUAAAUCUAGAUUUAAUUUUUUAUAUUAAAUUGAGCAGUUAAUAUUUUAUGACUAUGAAUACUUGAGGAAGUAAUAAAAG